GUAGUAUUAACGUGAUAGAUAAACACUGUUGUUUCAUUAACCAUUUUAAGUGUCGUAUUGACUAUGUAAACGUCAAUUGUAUAUGCUCUUUCAACGCAUUAAAACCAAUGUAAACUAGAAUAGGAACAUGGUGUUUAGUAAUAAGCUUGUGUAGCAUGAUAUGCUGUUAUUGUGUCAUGCAGAUGAAAGCUUAAAUUUAUGUAAAGAAGUGCUUUGUUUUCAACUGUCACAGUAAACGUUCAUCUGUGUUUUGUGCAAUGUUAAGUCUGUAUACUAUGAAAUAAAAUAAAUUAAUGCAAUCAAACACUAAGGGGCCUUCUAUUUACUGGAAUAUUUAUUCGUGAUAAAUACAAUAAGGAUGGAGUCAGAUAGAAUUGACUCAAAUGAGUCAAGUUAUGAGAGAAGUCCUUCGAUACAGGAAAAAUUCCGUGGCGUCAUGGCAGAAAUGAAGAAAUUUCAUUCAAACAUGGACGAGGAGACGAGAUGGAUCCGAACGCAUAUCAAAAUGCGGGAGUGUUCUUAUUUUAUACCUGAUUCUUCUGAUAAAGAAGGUGAAAACUGCAAGUGUGCUUACAAGCUAAGCCAGCACAGUGAAUGUGCAAAGGACAAACCCGUUGGUCCCAACAUGAAUUGGGAUUACAAGAAGCAUUCCAAACAGAAAAUGACAAAUGCUUUUGGAGAGAUCGAGUUUGUUGGAUACGGAGGCAACAUUGGAAAGUACAUCCGUGUGGACGUGGAUACAAAGAUGAGUCGCAUGCUGGAGUUGUUAAUGAGCGUGUGGGGUCUCGACAAGCCCACACUGCUAAUUUCAGUCACUGGGGGCGCAAACAACUUCAUGCUAGAUAAGCGACUUCGUGACACCUUGAGGCGAGGUCUCAUGAAGAUCUCUCUCACCACAGGAGCUUGGAUAGUGACAGGAGGGAUACACGCUGGUGUGGGUCGUGGCGUGGGGGAGGCAGUGAAGGAGUUUAGGGUUGCUUCUACGUCCACGAACCCGGCCAUCGCCAUUGGAAUAGCGCCCUGGGGCUGCAUUCAGAACAAGGAGUCGCUCAUUGAGGAGAAUAGUGAAGGUCUCAGGCCCGCAAACUACAGGAUAGAAAAAAAGCAGAAACCAAACGAAAUCUUCCUUGACCCAAACCACUCGCACUUCAUCCUCGUGGACAAUGCUACACAACACAAGUUUGAUGUGGAAAUUCCAUUCCGUUCUAAACUUGAGAAGGAGAUUGCUCACAUGAAGACGGAGACUGGGGAAAAUGCUGUAUCGGUUCCCAUUGUUCAGCUGGUUCUUGGAGGGAGAGCAGACACGUUUGAGACUGUCCAUCAUGCCAUACAGAACAAUACUCCCACCGUGAUCAUAAAGGGAUCGAACAGAGCAGCCGAUAUUCUUGCUUACGCUUACCUGAAUGCCGAAGAAGAAGAAGUUGAAGCCAAAGACCGUACUGGAAAGAAGCAGAAAAAUUUUGACAGUUCCCUUGUGGAUUUGGCAAUCGUAUGUUUGAUCAAGACGGUCAAAAAGUUUAACAAGGAACUCAUCCGCAUCGUGUUCUAUUCCUAG